UAGCACUAAUUGCUAUUUAAUAUUAUUACUCACCAACAUCAAACUUCACCCUUUUAUUUUCAUUUUCAUUUCCAUUCUUAUUACUCUCUUGUUUAUUUCUUCUACUCCUACUAUCUAAGUAUGUGAAGACAUUAAGAGGAAAGGUUGAAGGUAGGUGGGGAAGUAAUGGACUAUUUUCACCUCUCUGGACCCUUACAUCUAACUUAUGUCAAUUGGGAUUAUGCAUAUCAUCGAAAAUCGGUAGCUGCUAGUUUGGUUCAAGGUGUUUAUGUUCUAGAGAAAGAUCGACAAGAACGACGGAAAGGUCCUGAUUCUCUAGCAUUUCCUUGGUGGACAUUCUUCCAUUUUCAACUGCUUCAUACAUUAGUUGAUGAUGUUGAUAACUCCAUAUUUGGUGCAAUUUAUGAGUUCAAACUUCCACCAGCAAUGUGCCAUGACGCCUUACAUAGAAGUCCGCGUUAUGUGAUUGCGUUUCGCGGGACUAUAACCAAUGCAGACACAGUUUCGCGCGAUGUUGAGUUGGAUCUAAAGUAUCUCAAAAAUGGACUUCAUCAAUGUUCGCGGUCACAGAUAGCCGUUGAAGCUGUCAGAAACAUGGUGGCCAGUGUUGGUGGAAACGGUUCAAAUAUAUGGUUGGCCGGUCAUUCUCUCGGAUCAGGCAUGGCUUUGCUUGCUGGGAAAGCAAUGGCUAAAAAUGGUAUAUUCAUUGAGUCUUUUCUUUUCAAUCCUCCAUUUGCAUCUGCUCCAAUUGAGAGAAUUAAAAGUAAGAAAACGAAACAUAGGCUUCGAAUUGCGAGCAGCGUGAUUACAGCCGGACUAGCCAUUGCUAUGAAUUCGGAUAAGAAAAGUUCAUUCUGUGAUUCAUUUGCUACUUUGUCUGCUUGGAUUCCAUGCUUGUUUGUGAAUCCAUCUGAUUAUAUAUGUUCGGAGUAUGUCGGAUACUUCGAGCAUAGAAGAAAAAUGGAGGAGAUUGGUGCUGGAAGCAUUGAGAAGUUAGCAACACAAAAUUCACUUGGUUCUCUAAUGAUGAGUGCUUUUGGGAAGGAAUCUGAACCUCUCCAUCUCAUUCCUUCUGCUAUUUUGACAGUAAAUUAUACUCCUACAAAAAGUUUCAAAGAAGCUCAUGGGAUUCACCAAUGGUGGAAACCAGAUUUACAUUUGGAAUCCAAGCUCCACAAAUACUAGUAAUUCUUCUGGUUAUUGUAUUGUGUAUAUUUCAAUUGCUGCAUGAAUAUUGAGGUAUGUUGUUUGUGGUUUUCUAUUUGAAGUUAAUUUCAAAAUGAGCAGGAAAUGUUAUUAAA